GGGCGCCUCAGUUUGUAAAGCGAGAUGGUGACGAUGGCCGCCUUGCCAGCUUCGGGGCGCCUCGGAUUAACCCUCUUGUUACCGCGGCUUUUCGUUGUGUUCUCGCGGCCCCGCAUACAGUAAGCGAUCGGGCCUUGCUCCUCCAUCCGCAGCCGGCGGCCAAUGAAGGCCCCUCCAGUGCCGAGUAGGGCCGCUGGGUGGCGCUGCGGAGAGAGACCCAGGCCCCGAGUCGCGGAAGUGCAGUUACACUGGUGCCGGAGGUAACCAGAGUGGGGAUUCAGUCCCAUCUCCUGUCCAUGGGAGCUUCCCUGGUGAAGCUUGAGGCCGUUGCGCAGCAGAGCGCCCGCACCCGUCUGCUGCCCCUGCUGCACUCUGAACUGUGGCAUCUCAGACAGGUUUCCAUGGCUGAGCACCUGAAGGCUGUGCCUGUGGAGGCCGCGCCCAUGAAGGCCGAGCCUGGGCCCAUGGCCAAGGAAGACCCUAAUGUUAGGGGUAGCAAGGAUCGGGGGCUGAAGAAGUGGGAGGAAACUGAGCCUCAAGCUAAGAGGCUGAAGAACAAUGAAGAAGAUGAGGAGCACAGUAAAAAGCUCCCCAAAAGGAAGAUUGUGCUUCUGAUGGCCUAUUCCGGGAAAGGUUACCAUGGGAUGCAGAGGAACUUGGGGUCUUCCCAAUUUAAGACUAUUGAAGACGACUUGGUGUCUGCUCUUGUUCAGUCUGGCUGCAUUCCAGAAAACCAUGGUGAAGAUAUGAAGAAAAUGUCCUUUCAGAGGUGUGCACGGACAGACAAGGGUGUGUCUGCUGCUGGCCAGAUUGUAUCCCUGAAGGUGUGGCUCAUUGACAACAUUUUGGAAAAGAUUAAUAGUCACCUUCCAUCUCAUAUCAGAAUCCUAGGUUUGAAGAGGGUCACUGGAAGUUUUAAUUCAAAGAACAGAUGUGAUGCAAGGACGUAUUUCUACAUGCUGCCGACAUUUGCCUUCGCUCACAAGGACCACGACAUCCAGGACGAGAGGUACCGCCUAAGCCCAGAGACCCUGGAGAAAGUCAACCAGCUGUUGGCCGGCUACAAGGGAACCCACAACUUCCACAACUUCACCUCCCAGAAGGGCCCCAAGGAGCCGAGCGCCAGGCGCUAUAUCAUGGAGAUGCACUGUGAGGCUCCCUUCAUGCGGGAAGGCAUGGAGUUUGCUGUGAUCAAGAUCAAGGGCCAGAGUUUUAUGAUGCACCAGAUCCGGAAGAUGAUCGGCUUGGUGAUUGCUGUCCUGAAGGGCUAUGUGCCUGAGUCCGUGAUGGAACGCAGCUGGGGAGAGGAGAAGGUUGACAUCCCCAAAGCGCCGGGACUUGGGCUCGUCCUGGAGAGGGUCCAUUUUGAACAGUACAAUCGACGUUUUGGAAACGAUGGGCUGCAUGAACCCCUGGACUGGGUGGAAGAGGAGGAGAAGAUGACUGUGUUCAAAGAGCAGUAUAUCUACCCCACUAUCAUCAAGACCGAGAUGGAGGAGCACUCCAUGACCAACUGGCUCAAUACGCUUCCAAACCACGACUUUGACGCUGGCUCUCAGGAGGCCAAGGCUGAUGAUGGGAACACAAAGGCCCCUGCUAGUCUUAAAGGCAGUGAUGGAGGCGGAGAUCAUUGACUAAGAGAAGAGAAGUCACCAGGGGAGCAGAGCUGUGCCGUUUCUGUAUCUCACCAAGGGGGCCUUUGCAAAUCCCUCUGCAACAUACAUAGACACAUCCCCAGCUUAUUGGUUUGUUUAUUGUGAUCAGUUGCUGAUGAUGGAAAGGAGCUGGGAAGAUGGAAAUUGUCAGGAUCGUGGUCCUUGACCUAAAGAAUGUCAGGGUCAGAAUACUUGAAAAUUUUAUGCUUAAAAUUAAAAGACCUGAUUUUAUUCUUUCAUUGACUUCAGGAUCUCAAAGCAUGGUAGCCUUCUGUGUUUGGAUCACGAAAUAAACUGCCUCUAGUAUGCUUUUAGUUCAUUCUUUUAAUGUUAACCACUUCUAGAACAUUGGGAAAAAGGAAAAUGUGUUGUUUUUUUUAAAAAAAGAAAUGAUUUUAUUAAAUUGUGCUUCUCUAU